CUCUGUGUACGCGUUUCGAAUGAUCCUGGCCCUGAACCCAACCACUCAAAGCUACUCAUGAAGUUCCCAAGUUGGAUGCCCAUUCUUGCCACCACCCACCCUGUACUCCCCCUGGGUUGGUCUUUGUUCUCCUGCUUCCUUAGUUCCACUCCGAUCCCCUGGCAAGGCGGGCAUGAGUCCAUCCGUCGCAUCAUCCUCCUUCUGCCUCAGUACGACGCUUCCCAAGGCAAAAACGAAGCGGAAACGUCUUUCAAAUGAGCGUGUGUAUCACUUCGACACCAUCGGACGCACUAGGGCGUCGCGUCUCCACUUGACUUCCAGCACUUCGGACCCCUCCCCUAUCGUCUCGGAGACUCAGCCUGUCAGCGAAUGCGUAGGUGAGACUAUAACACCAAACGGCGUCGUGGACUGUCCAGCUGGGACGGUAAACUUGAAGGAACUGCCACCGGACCUGCUCAGGAAGGUCAAAGGUCCGCUACGCAAACUCCGGGAUGAGUAUCUUAAAGUGGUCGAUAACAAAGAUAGCCUGGAGCGCGAUUUGUAUGCCCCCUUUGCUGAGAUGGUCACGAGUAUUAUCAAGGCCAAUGGAGGGAGGGUUGAUUACGUAAAAACGCACGGAAAGAAGAAGCUUCUGGGAGCCUUAAAUAGUGCAAUGAGAAGGCAGUCCCGAUGGUGUUUUUGUUCGCAAGAGACGCGGGCGGAGGGCCCCGACACCCCCGAUCAAGUUCAUUGGAGAGAUGUUCUCUUUCCCAUCGACCUGAAGCGAAAGGAAAAUUUCCGUGCCUCAUUGCGGCCUCCAACCUCAGACAGCGAAAUGACGGAGGAGCAAAUGGAGCGCGAGUCUGGGAAGGUCGGAGACGCCACACUAGACGGGAGGCAGCAAUUGGGCGGAUAUGGGUUGGAACAACUUUCAAGUAAUCCUCUCAAGCGAUUCGGCACUGGUAUGCUCGUUAUCGAUUCCCUCGUGGAGACUUGGUACUACGAUCACUGUGGACCGAUUGGGUCAAGCAUUAUAGACAUUCGAAGACACGACUACUUCGAGCUGUUCUCCCUCAUUUUACUACUUCCAACUGGCCACUUCCUCAUGACAAGCAAUGAAUAACCGUUGAAGGUCGGGUCAUUUCAUUCGAUCCCUCUACACCGAUAUAUAUGCUGCCCGCGGUCUUAUUGGAAGAUGCACAUCCGUUUUUGCUGCGAAUAUACAGGACGAUGUUAGUGGCCAAGAUUGUCCAUGCGUGCUCAAA